CCUUCCUCUGCCUCCCCACACGUACCCGCCGUCGCCGCUCCUUCUUCUGCCUCACACCCUCUCUCAAGAAACCAACAACGAUCAUGGCGGAAAGCAUGGAAGGCGUAGUCACCGAGGCCGAGCAGCCCAAAACAGAGAAUGUCGAACAGAAGACGGUUGCUGACAUUCGAGCCAACUUCACCCUGCUGGAACGCGCCGUUGCCCAGUUCGAUACGCGGUUUACCCUCCGAGCUCUUCGCUCCAUAUCAGCCCUCCGGAAGAGACUCACCGACCGAGUACUAUGCUCCGUGAUUGUGCUGACGUAUUCCCCGAACAAUCCCACUGCACGGGUUCUUAUCGAAGGCAUCAACAUGGAUGGCGAGACGAUACAGAACGUGGUUGCCCAAUACAAGGAAGAGAUCCAGAGUAACAAGGGAAACACGAAAGAGCCCAUACCGGAGAUUGAUGUUUACAUCGCUAUCCUAGUUCAGGUCUUUCUCUAUGACACCAAGGAGUUCGAUGACGGAGCUGAAUUCUCGUCUACACUAGUAGAUAAGAUCCGAGAGUUGAACCGCCGGACGUUGGACUCUCUGGCCGCCAAGGCGUACUUCUACUUCUCGCUCUUCCACGAGGAGCUGGACCCUAAGCCGCCAUCCAAGCAGUCGCCUGUCAUCUCCAUUCGUGGGAAGCUCCUCGCCGCUCUCCGUAGCGCGGUACUCAGAAAAGACCAAGAUACCCAGGCCGCAGUGACGACAUUGCUCCUCCGGAACUACAUCUCCACCGCCGACAUCACCCAGGCCGAUCUCCUCGUUGCGCAGACUCAGUUCCCUUCCACUGCCCCAAACAACCAGGUCGCAAGAUAUCUGUACUACCUAGGUCGCAUACGGGCUAUUCAGCUGUCCUAUACCGAGGCACACGAGCAUCUCACAAGUGCGACACGAAAAUCCCCCACCAAUGCGAUUGCCACCGGGUUCUACCAAGCGUCGACCAAGCUUCUCGUAGUCGUCGAGCUGCUAAUGGGCGACAUCCCGGACCGCGCUAUCUUUAGCCAGCCUCGUCUAGAGCGAGCUUUGGAGCCCUACUUCCGCCUCGUCCGAGCGGUCCGCGUCGGCGAUCUCCAAGGUUUUUUGAAGAUUGUGCAAUUGUAUGCCUCGACCUUCCACCGCGAUGGCACUUACACCCUUAUCCUCCGCCUCCGGCAAAACGUCAUUAAAACUGGAAUUCGCAUGCUCUCACUUUCCUAUCAGCGCAUUUCCCUGCGAGAUAUUUGCAUCCGUCUUGGGCUAGAGAGUGAGGAAUCUGCAGAGUACAUCGUCGCGAAGGCCAUCCGAGACGGUGUCAUCGAGGCAUCAAUUGAUCACGAGAAGGGAUUCAUGCAAACCAAGCAAGCUGGUGACAUCUACGCGACCCGCGAGCCCGGUGAAGUAUUCCACGAGCGCAUCCGGGCUUGCUUGGCUUUGCACGAUGAGUGUGUCAAGGCAAUGCGGUAUCCCAUGAACCAGCAUCGUCUGGAGCUGAAGAAUGCCCAAGAAGCUAGGGAACGGGAGCGGGAGUUAGCGAAGGAGAUCCAGGAGGGUGAUAUUGACGAGGAUGACGCUGGUGGGGACUUUGACGGACUAUAGAUGGCCAAGUCAACAUGGCAUUCAGGAGAGAGGCGUCCCUUUUUGGGUGUACGAUAUGUCGAGUUCCUCAGCGAGCAUCGAUAGAACAACCUGGCCCGCGGAUAAGUGAAGAAGCUUUAAUCAAGCAUUAAAGAUUUCAACCAUCAUUCAUAAUUUGAUUCAUG